GAGGGAAGAACACUGUGACAAAUCAACACUUCACUGGAUUCAGGAGCAGGUGCAGCAACUUCAACUUUAGGAGGGGACAUACCUGGUGGAAAGAAGGGUCAACAGAUAAAGGGCAUAAUCAAGAAGGCCAUCAGAUUUUUGUCGGACAAGAAAAGGAGGAGAGGGAAGCAAGGAACCCUGUGAGAAAGAGAAACUUCAAUAAAAAGGAACUGAGUGGAGAGAAAGGACAAAUAAAGGAGCUUUUGAUCCACAGAGGGGACAUCUGUCUGGGUGCACCAUGCCAUCUUUUGGACUUGAAGUGGUCGGCGUCGCUCUGUCAGUGCUCGGCUGGGUGCUGAGUGUGAUCAGCUGUGCUCUGCCAAUGUGGAGGGUCUCGGCCUUCAUUGGCGCCAACAUUGUCACAGCUCAGGUAUACUGGGAGGGCCUGUGGAUGAGCUGCGUGUUCCAGAGCACGGGGCAGAUGCAGUGUAAGGUCUACGACUCCAUGCUGGCUUUACCUCAGGACCUGCAGGCCGCCAGGGCGCUCACCGUCGUCUCCAUCAUCGUGGGUCUGGUGGCGCUUCUCAUCUCUGUGGUGGGAGCAAAGUGCACAGUCUGCAUCGAGGACGAGGGCGUCAAAGCCAGGGUGAUGGCUUCUUCUGGGGGGGGGUUCAUCACAGCGGCUCUGGCCCAGCUGGUGCCUGUUUCCUGGUCAGCACACACCAUCGUAGUCGAGUUCUACAGUCCACUCAUCCAGUCUGGGCAGAAGAUGGAAAUUGGGGCAGCACUGUAUCUGGGCUGGGCCGCUGCAUCCCUGCUCCUGUUUGGAGGGUCCAUUCUCUGCUGUAGUUGUCCUCCAAAGGAAGCGAAGCCAACGAGGUACAGUGUGCCCCCCCAGAGCCGUAUAGCGUACUCCGCUGCACCGAGAUCAGUGGCUCAAAGCUCCUACACCAGGAAGGACUACGUGUGAGGGAAGCGGACAGGACCAGGGAGGGGUUAUUACUGUAUUAUUUUCACAUGUAUCCUGCUUAUUCGUACAUAUUCAGGAAAUGUGUAUAAAAAUGUAGCUAAUUGAUAAUUACAUUGGUUUAACUGGAACCACCUGUCUACCAGGAACGGGUGAGCAGAGCCAUACCAGAUGUUUUGGGUUUUGGUGGAUAUUGAGGAUCAUAGAUGUGUGUAGAUAUUUUUGAUACUUCUGAAUGCCUUUGGGAGCCCUCCGCAAUUGUUUGAUAAAUCUGUUUACAUAUAGCCAUUAGUCUAAAGCAAGCAGAGGGAAAUUAUAAUCAAGUUUCGAAAAAGUUUAUUGUCAGAGUUCAGCGAGGAGAUUUUGUGUCACAGAGUAAAACUAUUUUAUAUAUUUAUUUGUGCUCAUAACAUUUAGAUCAAUUGUGGAUGUUCCUCAUCGUAUUGAUCGGUGUGUACAUAUUAUGUAUCACACUGUCAACUAUUGUAAAGCAAAUAGGUACACUUUUGUAACUGUAAUGAGUUUUUAAACGGCUUUUUUUCUGGGGGAAUAAUAUUGUUCUUGAUCUUCUUGCAAAACACAGACACAGGCCGAGUCACAGAUGUGAAACGUUAUAGAGCUGAGCAAAAUGGAGCUCACUGUGGGCUCCAACGCAAGGUCAAAAUGGCCGACUAAACUGUAAAAAGAAUAAGGGAAGUUAAAAUCAACAUUUGGAUAGAGUGAUACGUGAGUGAUUUUAUUUGGUUCAUCACAUUUCACAGCACUUUUUGAUGCUGUGUUUCGACAUUUUUUACAAAGGCUGAAACUCUUAUGUAGCAUGUCUUUUGUUGUAUUAACAUUCGAUGUGUUUGUCUUUUAUUAAAAUGUUUUAGGCAUGUGACUUUAUGAAUGAAAAUGUUUUUAGAUCUACUGAAAUGAUUAG